GCCGUCUCUUGUGGUGUCAGUAGCAGCGCAUUAGCCCCAGAAUCAAGACACGCGGAGGAAGGAGCUCUCGUUGCACAGGUAUGGCGUUCGAGUUCCCGACAGAAGAGCAGAAGGCGCUUGUGCGACAGCAGCUGGGGACGAGCGAGGAAGAUAUCCGGCAGGCACUCGCCAACAUUCGCAACUGGCUGCAAGUACAGCCACACUUGCCCGAUGUCAUAGAUGACGAGCGGCUGGAACGCCUAUACAUCAGCUGUAAAUGCAGGACCGAGAGAGUGAAGCAGAUACUGGAUGCCACGUACACGCUGAAGAACAAGUUCCCCGAAUUCAUGCUGAACAGAGACCCGCUAGGGGAAGACAUUAUCACAGCUCUGAAAUGCUGUAAAGUUCCGACGAUGCCUCGUCUCACACCGCAGUUUCACCGUGUUGGAGUCCUCGGUGGCAUCUCUUCUGACCCUUCGGAUCUGAAUCCUGUGCACGUAGCAAAGGCGUGUCUCAUGAUCAUUAACUUCAUUCUGUCAUUUGACUACUCCGUUGGUUACAUCCUCCUAAUCGAUCUGAAGGACAUGACUGCUGGACACUUGAGCAAGCUGACGAUCCGCGACCUUCGGGCUCUGGAAUUGAUUACCAGGACAGCUUACGCUAAGAGGAUCAAAGCCUUACAUUUUCUAAACGCGCCGAAGAUACUGAACACAGUGCUGUCCAUAGUGAAACUAGCUCUUCCCGAGAAACUGCAGAAGAGGAUAAUGGUCCACGAACGAGGGUCACAGACAUUAUUCGAACAUUUACCUAAAUACGUGGUUCCCGACGAAAUGGGUGGUACUGCUGGUCCAGUGAGAGAUAUAAUGGACUCUGACUAUGCUGAGUUGGUUAAGCACAGAGAAUGGUUUCUGGAAGAGGACAAAUACGUCGCGGACGAGAGCAAGAGACCUAAGGACAACGGCUACAGCUACGAACUGUUUGGUGUGGACGGAUCCUUCAAAAAGCUGCAAUUGGACUGACCACAUCAAAGGCAGAGAGCGUAGUACCACUAUGAUGUGCAUGUCGUGUCUUGUUUUCAAGCACUGUUGGGAUUUCUUCUCCACAUCAGAUGUGCGUUUUUCACUGUUGUAAUAACGAAGCUGAUGGUUCAAAAUUUCCGCUCAGGCAAUACAAAAUUGAAAUAUAGAACCACAAUGAAUCUACAACAGAAAAAGGGUUAUGUUUAUUGAUGGGGAACUAGACUUAUUAGGUUGAAGGAUAAAUCUUUUGGGUGAUUAGGCGGCCCCAUGUUCCUCUUCAAACAGUUCCGUCAGAUCCGAGGAUAUCUCCUUGGUUAUUCGUCACACACAUUGUUUAUAUUUUCAAACAUGGGUUAAGUAGAACUUUCCUUGUGCAGUAGCCUGAUAUUCCAAUUACAACGUGGUUACAGACGGUUAAGGUAAUUGAAAUCGUUAUCAAUAGUUACCGAAGAGUGAAUUUAAUAAUUCUGACUUGCUGGAAACCUCACAGUCUCAUGUGAAAAAGCGGAUCACAGCGCGACUAGUAAUUCAAACAUCGCUAUACUGUUCUAAGUUAUACCAAAACCUUAGAUAAAUUUGGAAGCAAGAUAUUUUGGUAUUACCACACAAAAUAUUUAACAACACACAUCUUACGAAUUACUAAAUAUUUGUUACCUUACCAAAACGUGAAUUUCUCGCAGCUCACCACAAGCUGAUAUAGCCAAGAUGCAGCAAAUAUUUCAGAAUCCCACUUAACUGGCACUCAGUCGUAAAUCUACAAAGCUAUUUUUAAAAAGAAAACUCUUUUAUCAAAAAUAAUCUGGUACUGUAAUAUUGUAACCAGACUGAUUUACUAUAUAGUGAGAUCCUGAAACCGGUGUUUAAGAUUAGAUUUUAUAUUGUUCUCUUGUGUGUGUGUGUGUGUGUGUGUGUGUGUGUGUGUGUGUGUGUGUGUGUAUG